CCCGAAUCAACUUGGUGGCUCUCAAGAUACUCUUUGAAAAAAGAUCAUGUCUUCAUAUUCUAUCAGGCAGACAACCUCAUCUUCCAGCUCCAAGGGUCCUGGAGGUUUAGGAGGUUUAGGAGGUGGCUCCAGCAGAGUAUCUGGGGUUUACAGGGCUCCAAGCAUCCAUGGUGGCAGUGGUGGCCAAAAUGUCUCCUUCUCCACCUCAAGAAUGAGUUCUGGCAUGGGUGGAGGAUAUGGAAGCUGUGGUGUUGAUGCUGGCCUAGGUGGCCUAGGUGGCUUAGGUGGGGCCUACUUUUCUAAUUAUGGUGGGGGCUAUGGUUCUGGCUAUGCAUUUGGAGGAGGUAUGGCUGGAGGAGAAGGCCUUAUUUCAGGAAGUGAAAAGUAUACCAUGCAGAACCUAAACGAUCGUUUGGCUGCAUAUCUGGAGAAGGUGCGCACCUUGGAGAGCGCAAAUGGAGAACUGGAAAUCAAGAUAAGAGAUUGGUAUCAGAAGCAGGCACCCAGUCCAGCCACCGACUACAGUCAUUAUUACAAGAUCAUUGAGGAUCUCCGCAGAAAGAUUCUUGCUGGCACCAUGGACAAUGCAGGUAUUCUUCUGCAGAUCGAUAAUGCUAAACUGGCUGCCGAUGACUUCAGAACCAAGUAUGAGACCGAACUUGCUCUCCGGAUGAACGUUGAGGCUGACAUCAAUGGCCUACGCAGAGUCCUGGAUGAUUUGACCAUAGCCCGAUCAGACCUGGAGAUCCAGAUUGAAAGUCUUAAGGAGGAACUUGCAUAUCUGAAGAGGAACCAUGAGGAAGAAAUGAAUGCUCUACGUGGACAAGCUACUGGCCAGGUGAAUGUGGAGAUGGACGCGGCACCAUCUGCUGACCUAUCAAAGACUCUGGCUGAAAUGAGAAGUCAGUAUGAAAACCUAGCGGAGAAGAAUAGACGAGAGGUAGAAGAAUGGUACUUCAAAAAGACCGAAGAGCUAAACAAAGAAGUUGCCAGCAGCAGUGCACUGAUCCAGACAACCAAGACAGAAAUUACAGACCUGAAACGUACUUUUCAGAGCUUAGAGAUAGAGCUUCAAACCCAACUAAAUAUGAAAUCGGCAUUGGAGGGCUCCUUAGCAGAAACAGAAGGUCGUUAUUGCAUGCAGCUUUCACAGAUCCAAGGCCUAAUCGGUAAUGUAGAGGCACAGCUUGCAGACCUGCGGUCAGACAUGGAACGUCAGAGUCACGAGUAUAAAAUUCUCAUGGACGUGAAGACUCGUCUAGAGCAGGAAAUUGCCACCUACAGACGCCUCCUGGAAGGAGAAGAUGCUCACUUAUCCCAAAAGGAUGGCUCCCGAACUCGCAACAUUCGCACCGUCUUAGAGGAAAGCGUUAACGGCAAAAUUAUCUCUUCUCGUGAAGAUGUUAAAAAGAUGCAAUAUUGAACGUUGUCAGAAAGCCCAGACUUUCUCUGACUCAAAGAAAUCAAUUCAGCUGAAUGUUCAAGAGAACAUGAAAAAUGAUGGUAUAUGGAAAAUAUUUGGGAUUAUUCUGUUUCCCACCUGUAUUUUCUCAGUUUGAAUAAAAAAAAAUGUUUUUCUGCA